CCCGGGCGCCGUCCACCCGCGUCUCCCCGCAGCCGCCAUGCCCUUCUCCAAUAGCCACAACGCGCUCAAGCUGCGCUUCCCGGCCGAGGACGAGUUCCCCGACCUGAGCAACCACAACAACCACAUGGCCAAGGUGCUGACCCCCGAGAUGUACGCCGAGCUGCGCGCCAAGUGCACGUCCAGCGGCUUCACGCUGGACGACGUCAUCCAGACCGGCGUGGACAACCCGGGCCACCCCUUCAUCAUGACGGUGGGCUGCGUGGCGGGCGACGAGGAGUCGUACCAGGUGUUCCAGGAGCUCUUCGACCCCAUCAUCGAGGACCGCCACGGCGGCUACAAGCCCAGCGACGAGCACAAGACCGACCUCAACCCCGACAACCUGCAGGUGCGGGCCGGCGGGGAGGCGGGGGGCGCGGGGGGCGCCGCCGCUCACGGCUCGCGCUCGGCCCCGCAGGGAGGCGACGACCUGGACCCCAGCUACGUGCUGAGCUCGCGGGUGCGCACCGGCCGCAGCAUCCGCGGCUUCUGCCUGCCCCCGCACUGCAGCCGCGGGGAGCGCCGCGCCAUCGAGAAGCUGGCGGCCGAAGCCCUGUCCAGCCUGGACGGCGACCUGGCCGGCCGCUACUACGCGCUCAAGGGCAUGACGGAGGCCGAGCAGCAGCAGCUCAUCGACGACCACUUCCUCUUCGACAAGCCCGUGUCGCCCCUGCUGCUGGCCUCGGGCAUGGCCCGCGACUGGCCCGACGGCCGCGGCAUCUGGCACAAUGACAACAAAACUUUCCUGGUAUGGGUGAACGAAGAGGACCAUCUGCGGGUCAUCUCCAUGCAGAAGGGGGGCAACAUGAAGGAGGUGUUCACCCGCUUCUGCAGCGGCCUCUCCCAGAUCGAGACGCUCUUCAAGUCCAAGAACUACGAGUUCAUGUGGAACCCUCACCUGGGCUACAUCCUCACGUGCCCCUCCAACCUGGGCACAGGGCUGCGGGCGGGCGUGCACAUCAAGCUCCCGCACCUGGGCAAGCACGAGAAGUUCGCCGAGGUGCUCAAGCGGCUGCGGCUGCAGAAGCGGGGCACAGGCGGUGUGGACACUGCGGCCGUGGGCGGGGUCUUCGACAUCUCUAAUGCCGACCGCCUGGGCUUCUCGGAGGUGGAGCUGGUGCAGAUGGUGGUGGACGGCGUGAAGCUGCUCAUCGAGAUGGAGCAGCGCCUGGAGCAGGGCCAGGCCAUCGACGACCUGGUGCCCGCCCAGAAGUGAAGGCCCAGCCUGGCCUCCAGCCCCGCAGCUCCCUAACUUAUUGGUGGGCGCUGCCAACCAUGCCCCCGUGAUGCUUGCUGUCUGGCCGGUGCCGAGCCCUUAGCCUCGCUGUAGAGAUGUCCCCUUGGUAGAGUUUAUUUUUGUGAUGGCUAAGAUGUUGCUGAUGCUGAAAUAAACCUAGGGAUUUGGCCUGCUGCA